AUGAUCCCCAAUGGAAGUCCCCAGUAUGUUGGGAUUGUUCAGCUGCUUCAGCAUUUUGGUUGGACCUGGAUUGGCCUGAUUGUUUCAGAUGACGACACUGGAGAAAUGUUCUUGAGGAUUCUCAUUCCUUUGCUGCUGCAGAACAAUAUUUGCGUUGCUUUUAAGGAAAUCAUUCCAGCACUGAAGGAUAUUGUUGAAGUAACAACUGAAUUUAAGAAGCUAUCAGAAAGGAUAAGCUCAAUUCUUUUACCAACUAAAAGCAAUGUGAUUCUUCUUCAGGGAGAUACACGGUCCAUGGAAGCAUUACGAUUUGUGCUUGCAUUAUAUGAACAUGUUGAAACUAAACCAAUAGAGAGAGUUUGGCUCAUAACAGCUCAGUGGGAUUUUGCAUCUGUAGACCAUAGCAAUGCAUUCACACCAAAAUCCUUCAAUGGGACUCUGUCCUUCACACUCCACACAACUGAUGUUUUGGAAUAUGAAGAGUUCCUUGAGAAUUUAAAUCCUAAUCAAUCUAGACUUGAUUUAAUCACAUGGUUCUGGUCGUUUGUAUUCGUGUGCUCAUUGCCCACAUCUAUUUUUCCUGAAGCAAAUACAGUAAACUGUACUGGGGAAGAGAAGUUGAGGAGCCUUCCUGGAAUUGUGUUUGAAAUGAGAAUGUCUGGCCAGAGCUACAGUAUCUACAAUGCAGUUUAUGCUGUAGCACAUGCUCUCCAUGCAAUGUUUUCAUCAAGAUCUAAGCAGAAGGCAAUGGGAGAUGGAGCCAAAUGGAAUCUCUUGAAUAUUGACCCAUGGCAGCUUCACUCCUUUCUGAAACACAUCCGUUUCAACAAUAGUGUUGGGGAAGAAAUAUUUUUUGAUAAAAGUGGAGAGUUGGCAACUGGAUAUGAUGUCAUCAACACAGUUACAUUCCCUAAUAAAUCCAUCUGUAAAGUCCGUGUUGGAAGGAUGGACCCUCUGGCUCCUGAAGGAAAACAGUUCACCAUCAAUGGAAGUGCAACUGUGUGGAAUCACAAGUUUAACCAGCUUCACUCCUUUCUGAAACACAUCCAGUUCAACAAUAGUGUUGGGGAAGAAAUAUUUUUUGAUAAAAAUGGAGAGUUGGCAACUGGAUAUGAUGUCAUCAACACAGUUACGUUCCCUAAUAAAUCCAUCUAUAAAGUCUGUGUUGGAAGGAUGGACCCUCUGGCUCCUGAAGGAAAACAGUUCACCAUCAAUGGAAGUGCAAUUGUGUGGAAUCACAAGUUUAACCAGUGCCCUGAGGAUCAGCAUCCUAACAUCAAACGUGAUCACUGCAUCCCUAAACAUACUGUCUAUCUAUCAUAUGGAGACACUUUGGGAAUUAUGUUUGCUUCAACUGCUCUUUUCCUUUCCCUGAUCACACUUGCAGUAAUGGGGAUUUUCAUUCAACAUCAGAAUACUCCCAUUGUCAAGGCCAACAACUGGAACAUCACAUGCACCCUCCUCACUUCCCUAUUGCUUUGCUUUCUGUGCUCCUUCUUAUUCAUUGGAAAGCCUGGGAAGGUGACCUGCCUUCUCCGUCAAACAAUAUUUGGAAUCAUCUUCUCCCUCGCUGUUUCUUGUGUGUUGGCUAAAACCAUUAUUGUGGUUCUGGCCUUCAUGGUCACCAAGCCAGGAAACAAGAUAAGGAAAUGGGUAGGAAAGAGGCUGGCAGUCUCAGUCAUCAUCCUCUGUACUCUUAUUCAAACUGGCAUCUGCACAGUGUGGUUGGGAACAUCUUCUCCUUUCCCAGAGUUUGAUAUGCAUUCCCAGUCUGAACAGAUCAUUGUGACAUGCAAUGAAGGAUCAGCCCUCAUGUUUUAUAUUGUUCUUGGUGACAUGUGGCUUCUGGCCAUCCUCACCUUCAUUGUGGCUUUCUUUGCCAGAAAAUUGCCUGAUACUUUUAAUGAAGCCAAACUCAUCACCUUCAGCAUGUUAGUGUUCUGCAGUGUUUGGUUAUCCUUUGUCCCAACCUACCUGAGCACCAAAGGGAAAUACAUGGUGGCUGUGGAGAUCUUCUCUAUUUUGGCCUCUAGUGCUGGAUUGCUGGGUUGUAUCUUCAUACCCAAAUUCUACAUUAUUGUAUUGAGACCUGACACCAGGGAUCAGCUCAAAAGGAAAAAGAAGUAUGAUAUCUAA